AUGAACUGGAGCACAGGAGCCACUCGGCAGAGACCGCCGUCGAGCGACAGGGCACCCAAACCUCGGGCAGUCCAGACCGACGAAGCCAGCCGGAAGCGAGUGAGCCCCUAUGGAAUAAGGAGGCAGGCCACUGGCUCUCAGAGCUACUGCAGAGGCUGGGAGCACCAUUUACAGGAGAAGAUCAUUGUGGUGCCUGAUAUCACGGGAGGGGGUCUCUGCACCCCCUGGGUCCUCGAGACGGGACCAGGAGGGGACCUCUUCUCUCCCCCAGCCUCAGUGCUCCCUCUGAGCUGUAUCCCCGUGGUCUGGCCCCCUGGUUCCUCUCAAGACCUUCAGGAGCUCCAGGAUCUACCUCAGGGGCUGGCUGUGCUGGUUAAUGUGUUGCCGGGGGAGACGGAGGUACCAGAGGACGACAAUGAUAAUGAACUAGGCACGUUGUGCUCUAUCUCUGACAAGCGUCUGUCCAUGGAGUCUGGCUACAGCGCCUCGGAGAGACUCACGGACACCAUGGAGAUGAGGGAGCAGGUGGGGUCAGAAUCAGAGAGACAAUCAGAGAUCCCCUCUGACCACUUGCCCCUCCUCCAGCCGCAGACGGACGGCAAGUUGGCCAAUCGGGACUCUGGCAUCGACAGCAUCAGCUCUCCGUCCCACAGUGAGGAGCUGUGUUUCGCCGGCGACGAGGACCGGGUCAUCUACCACUGUAGUCCCGCCCCCACGCUGCCACGCCUCUCUAGCUCCUCCUCCUCCGGCUAUGCCGAGGGUCCGGGGGGAGAGGGGGCGUCGGCUGAGGGGGGGAGAGAUUCGGAGGGGGACAGUGACCUGGAGGAAGGGAGUGGGGACGAGACAAUUGAACUGAUAAACCCCAUGAUGGAUCUGCUGCCUUUGGCCCUGCCUAAAACAGACAGGCAGGACUCUACAGAGCUGUCGGUGCAGCAGCGUGUGUUCAACAUAGACCAAUGAGCUCUCCACAAACGAAGG